AUGCCGUUCUACAGGCGCACGGUGGUGCCCCAACGCCUGUGCCCGCGCAACCCGCCGCAGCCGCUGGCGGAACUGCGCGACGUGAGCCACCUGGCCGCGCUCAGCCUGCUCAGGCAGCUCGCCGACCUCUGUGGCCACUCGCUGGCUCUGCUCGAGGACCUCGAGGGGCACCUGCUGGCCCUGGGGUGCCGCACCGACAGCUUGUACCGGCGGACCGUGCGUCUCCGUCGCCGCCUUCCCUGCCGCCUGCUUGGCCCGGAGGACGACGAAGAAGAGCUAGCUGCAGCUAACUCGGGUCGGGAAAAUGCGACAGCGACUGCCCACUCGAGGUCGUCAUGGCGACAGCCAGUGAACGUGUUCCUCUCCUCGGGCAGGCCCCCGAGCGUAGAGGAGCUGCUUCGAGAGGCGCAGCUCAAUCUCCAGAGCCUGUUGCAAGAAGAAUAUGAGGAACAGUACUCAGAGGCCAGACUUCUGGGGCAGACCUUCCGCUCUUCUGAUGAGGCCCCUGAGCCCACCCCCAGCCCAAGGCCCCAGUCUGCCAGGCGUCUGGAGUUUGUAUUGAUGCCUACAAAACGGCAGCUGAGCGAGGAUGAGACUACCACCCAGGGUGUGAGGGCCCCGGAGGCCUCCCUGAGCCUGUCUACCACAGCCGACAAGCAAACUGCCUGGAAUGGCCCCUUCCCUCUGCCCAUCCUAGAGGAGAAGCGGUGGCCUCAGCCCUGCUCCACGCACUCAGACCUUGUGCCCAUCAACAUCUCUGGGCAGCAGUUUGAUAAACACGCAAGUUUGCGACACUCGUUGUUUAACACAGAGACAGCCAUCAACCCCAAGUCCACCCUGAGGCGGAGGCGGACCAUUAUUGGAGUCUCUAACUUUUCCCAGCGAGACCAAGGUCACGGCAACAGCCCAGCAAGCAGUGGAGCCCGCUCUACCCUCUCAGACAUCAGGCCCAGUCACUCACUUCCAGAAGGUGUUCAUGGAAGAGUUGCAGUUGGGCAGGAAGCUCGGUUCCCAAAUCUCACCUCACCAGUACUGAGAAGUCCUUCAAGUGAGUCAGAAGAGCCUCCCCAGACACGUAGUGGCCCUAGCCCUCCCAGCAUGGAGAGCAUGGGAAUGGUAUACAGUGUCCCCAGUUCUUGCAAUGGACCAGCAGAGUCGACAUUCUCCACCUCGUGGAAGGGAGAGGCCUUGACCUACAUGACUCCAAGUGCUACCACCCAGAGCAAUCAAGUCAAUGAAAAUGGAAAAAAUCCUUCCUCGGGGAAGUUGUGGGUGUCUCUGAACACACUCCCACCUCUGGUUCCUAAGGAGGCUGCUACCCUCUUUGUCACUCGUGAUAACCCGACAGGAUGCAGUGGGCCAGCUGAGCCCCCUACUCAACAAAGGCAGGUACCAGAAAAACCUUCCAAGAUGGGCCUUCUGACCCGUGGUACCUCAAGGCUGGAGACUGGCCCAGGGGUGGGCAGCAGGUUCCGGGAGCGGUCACUGUCUGUGCCCACAGACUCAGGCACUGCAGAUGUGGACUGUGCUGAGGAGCAGAAGGCCCGUGAGGCCUGUGCCCUGCCUUAUGCCAGCACGAGUUCUGAGGGCAGCACCAGCGCUGACAACAUUGCCUCGCUUAGUGCUGAACAGGAGGCCCAGCACAGAAGGCAGAGGUCCAAGAGUAUCUCACUCAAGAAGGCCAAAAAGAAGCCUUGUCCACCAACACGCAGUGUCUCGCUGCUCAAAGAUGAGCCAGUGCUCUUGUCAGAAGGCGGAUCAGCGCUACCCAAGGACCACAGGCCCAGGAGCCUUUGCCUCUCCUUGGAACAAGGACAUCACUCAUCCCACCCAGAUGCUCAGGGCCACCCAGCUGUGCCAACCCUCAAAGAUCCAGAAGGUACACCAUUCUCCCACCACUGGUAUCUUACUGACUGGAAGUCUGGUGACACCUACCAGUCCUUGUCCAGCUCCAGCACUGCCACUGGCACCACUGUCAUUGAGUGCACCCAAGUUCAGGGCAGCUCAGAAUCUCUUGCCUCCCCUUCCACCUCCAGAGCCACUACACCUUCCCAACUCUCCAUUGAGGUGGAGGCAAGGGAGGUAUCCUCCCCGGGAAGGCCCACUGGACUGAUGUCACCAUCCAGUGGAUACUCCAGCCAGUCCGAGACACCAACACCCACGGUCUCCAUGUCCUUGACCCUGGGCCACUUACCUGCUGCGAGUGGCAGUGUCCGGGUACGUCCAGUGGUACCUGAGAGGAAGUCAUCACUGCCCCCGACGUCACCCAUGGAGAAAAUUUCCAAGUCACGGUUAUCGUUCGACCUACCAUUGACCUCUUCAGCCAACAUAGACCUGUCUGGGAUGAGUAUCUCCAUCCGAAGCAAAACAAAGGUGAGCCGGCAUCACUCAGACACAAAUUUUGGGGCCAAGCUGGCCCAGAAAACUAGUCCCAACCAGCCAAUCAUGCCCAUGGUUACUCAGUCUGACCUGCGUUCUGUUCGCCUGAGGUCAGUCAGCAAGUCUGAGCCAGAAGAUGACAUUGAGAGCCCUGACUAUGCCGAGGAACCUGGAGCAGAAGAAGUGUUCGCUUUGCCAGAGAGAAAGAUGAAACCUCCCGUGGCUGAAAAGCCUCCGCUGGCCCGAAGGCCUCCAAGCUUGGUCCACAAGCCACCAUCUGUCCCUGAGGAGUACCCACUAACUUCACCUACCUUGGCUAUGACCUCCAAGAGCUCAAUCCCACACAUGAGGCCACAUGCCCAAGACAGCCACACGGUGGUGCGGAAGCCAAAGUCUUGCAGCUUCCCUGACGCCAGAAGCCCAGGGGAGUCGACAGCACCUUCAUCUCUUAUUUUCAUGCCUUUCACCAGUCCCUCUGGUGCUUUCCUCUCAGGAACACAGCAGCCUCCCCAGGGAAGUAUGGAGGAUGAGAGCCCCAAGGUGAGAGCCUUGCCUGAAAGAAUUAGCCUCCAGAGCCAGGAAGAAGCUGAGAAAAAGAAAGGCAAGAUUCCACCUCCAGUACCAAAAAAGCCCAGCGUGCUGUACCUGCCUCUCGCCUCGCCGAUAGCACAAAUGGACGCCUACAUGGCAGAUCCGAGGCUGCCUCUCAGCCCCAUCAUCACCCUGGAGGAAGAUGCCAAGUGUCCUCCCCCCAGCGAUGAGCUGCAAUCACCUGGUAAAAGGACAGCUUCAACGCCGCAAGCUGACGGUGAAAAGGAGGCAAGCCCUCUGGGGCGUUCCAUAGAACCAAGCAUGGAAGAAAAAAGUUUAAUCAGUGAGAAAACAGCCGAGUGGAUUGCAGAGGACGAUGAUGAUGUGUUUGUGGCUUCACGCACGACUGAAGAUUUAUUUACUGUGAUACACAGGUCCAAAAGAAAGCUGCUUGGUUGGAAGGAGCCAGGUGAGGCCUUUGCUGGCAGCAGACCGAGCCCCCACUCACCAAUAAAGAACACAGCUGAUUCUCCCAUCAGUGAGCCUGCUGCCGCCGCGGGGCCAAACAACAGUGCCAACCUAGAUGCUGGCAGAAAUGAUGAUUUCAAGGCCUUGCUCCAAAAGAAGGGAAGUAAGGCGACUCCACGGUCCCGCCCCUCUGCAGCUGAACUGCUGAAGACCACUAACCCACUGGCUCGGAGAAUUAUUGCACAAUUUUCAAAAGACUAUGAAACCACUGAUAACCCCAGCACCUAGGCCCUGAGUUCGACAAGCAGGGUAUACUCACUAAACUUGAGUAGAGACGGGGAAGAGAAAAGGUUUUCAAAAGCAACCAUGGACAUAGCAAAAAAGCCUCCAUUUCUUUUACAUUAGCUCACACCCUGGACAGCAGGAGAGAGGCCACUUCAUCUACAGCUGACAUCAGCAGGCACCUGAAUCCAUCUACAGACAUUUUGCGUCUUCAUACUUACAAUCUUGCCAUGACUGACUACCACAUUUCUUCUUUUCCCUCCCAGUGGUGUGCACUAUCUAAGAAAAAAUUCUCUAUGCGAGGGCACAUGUGCCACCUUUUUGAAUAAUGACCCACCUGCUCCAACGUUGACUCUGGGGUGAUAAUAUUGGAGGCUGCCUAAACUCGGGAAGCAGAAGGUGCCAUUGCUGAUUAUUCACUUUCCUAGAGGAAGCCUUGAUGGUCCAGUGUGGAGAUUCAGACAGCAUCUGAUGCCUCCUCAACCACAGUUUACUCCCCAGUGAGGUGUGCAGCACAGGUGCACACUCUUUUCGGCAUAGGGUGGAUUGGUUGGCUUUUGUGGUGCAAGAUGUGAAUGUGAAUCUGUCCUAAAACAUCAUGCCUUUUUCAGUUUGAUUGUCUACACGGAGAUCAGGGUGAUGAAUUUUAAUAAACACAUAGAUGGCACCCCCCCUUUAGAUAAGAAAGGUCAGGACUGGGUUGCAUUGGAUGAACCAAGCUCAGCCAACAAAGAAGGCAACCAUUUGUCCACUCAGAUCUAUCCAAGGUAACCAGUACAUCCGUCUUGAGACCCUUCAAGAAUGUCAAGAAUGAUAGCCAGGAACUGUGCCCAGCUCAUGCUGCAUUUUAAGAACUUUCAUUUGCAUAUAAUAUUCAUUACAGGAAGUGAUUAGCUGAAGAAACAGCAUCAUCAAAGACUCAAGGAGAAAAGAAAGUAAGUGCAUGCUGCCCCAUGCCAUUCUGUUCCAUUCACAGUUGGUGGCUGAUUUGGUUUUGUUUGAAGGAAGUCUGACUCUGUUCCAAAAACCAAGAACGUAUAGACUAAAAGGAUCUAUCCAAAGUCUAAAAGACAGCCUUGCAAGUUGCUAUGGCCCAAAACAUGGAAAAGGGCUACUUUUUCCCUUUUGGUUCUGCAUUUUGACCAGGUUUCAGUCAAGCAUGCUGGCAGAGAGUAAGAACUCGGGUAGAUGGGAUGCCAAAAGAGCUCCAGAACAAUCACCCUCCCUCUCCCAGGCUUAUAGGCACCAAAUAUUCUUGUCAACUCAAUUUUCUAAGCAGAGCAAGAACAGUGAUUCCUUUGAUUUUCAUAUACCUGAUUUCUAGGUUAGAGACAAGAAGACCAGUGACAGGAAGUCAGUUGUCUACUGUUUCCCAAGAACUCAGAGAAAAGUCGAAUGAAAUUAGAUCCUGCUUCAUAAUGAGUGAUCCCCAACUCCUUCCUCCUUCACCCUGCAGCUGAUAGAUUCAUUGUUCAAGCACCUGGAGGAUGCAGUAAGAGUUCCAGAGACAAGUAGAUCUCAAUUUUGGUAGGUCACACUCUUCACCAAUGAGAAGCAAGCUCAACUGCCCACACUCCAGCUGGACACAGCAGCUGAAAAACCGUGCUAGGAAGACUUGAGCCUCUCACACAGAAGCCCCAGGGCUGUCCUGGGUUGGUACAGUUCUGAAUUCUGGACUCCUGGGUAUAGGCCAGGCCUACCAGCUCCCUUGCAAUCAGUACUUCCCUCUGAUUUAGAUAGAAGCCACUAAAAAGAACAAACAGCUAGAAUAAGCCCAACUGCUUUUGAAAGUAUUAGAGCUAUUUGGUUUGAAGGUCUUACAUUUCAGGGGUUUUCCUGAAAUAAAACAAAUAAUUUCUGGCUUACUUUGUAUAUGAAUGCCACACUUGUCUGCCCUGAACUCAGAAUUCUAAAAGAUGGAAACAUUUUCCUAGAACGGAAAUGAGGGAAUGUUUGUGAUUUUUGCCUGACAAAAAUGAAAGCUGUCAGGGCCUGCUCCUUGAGAACCAUUUUGAAUAGCUGAACUCCACAUCCAAGUAUGGAAUUCACAUAAUACAGGACUUGUUACUUCUGCUGAAUUUUCUGGAUGCUUCUUGUUGGCUACUUCUAAUGGGCUUUGCCUCUCCCCUCACUUUGCUACCUCUGGAGGUUCUCCCAAAAGAUUCUAAAGCUGAAUAACCAGAAACCUUUAUGGUUUUCAAUGACCUUGAUUCCUGUUUUCAUUGACAAUACUGUGUAGGCCUAAAAUUUUUAAAAACAUUUUCUGCAUAAUCAGUAUGGCCCCCAAAUGCCUCAUAGUGUUCCCAUUAGCACAAGAGGAUUUGUGGCAGAAAUUGUAUAGCAAGCGGUAACAUUCAAGACUGGAAAUAUUAAUAUUUUACAACAGGUGGACCCAGCCCCAAAUAACCAACCAAAAUCUAAGAGUUCUAUCCAAUGUUGAUUAACAUAACAUCAAGCAUCUUCCCUAUACCCCACAUCCAACCUCUCAUCUACCCUUGAUUAUCAUAGCACCAACUCUCUCUCCCACCCAGGCACUUCCAACAAUGUUUGCUGCCUUGUGCAUCUACUCUGCCAAAACUGGAGAAGACAGGCUGAAGAUCCCUCUCUAGAAGGUUUUCAGAGAAGCUACUACCAUUAUUGCUAGUAUAAAUAAUACUGAUUAAAAAUUUUUAAAGGUGAAAUAUAGAAGAGAUAUGAGUAAAAUGAAGUUGACCUCAGGAGUCAGUUUCCACUUCAAGUCAUUCCUGGCCCUGUUUUUUCCCUCUGAUUACAACCAGUAGCAGCAGGUGACUCUGCUAAGCUGACUUCAGUCAAGGCAGGAGUAGAGGGAGCCAUCCCCAAGAAGCAAGGUUUAUCAGUAUCUAAGGAUGCUUUGCACGUGAUGGGUACCGGUUUCCCAUCUGGUUCAAAUGUGAAGGGUAGAGAGCAAGUGUCGCUGGUGUCUCCUGUCCUUUGCCUACACUACUAUGCCUGCCUUGGCCUCCUGCCUGGGCCUCCCACCUAGCCCCAACUUGUCACUCAGCCCCAACUACCAUGAACUGCAUCCUUAAGCCAACAGCUUGCCCCAAAAGGAGGCAAGACAUAGGGCAGCAAAUAGUUCAUGUUAGCUUCAGCACCACGGAUUGACCAGCUGUGUCGAUGUUAACUAACUAGACAACACAGGUCCAAUGGUGAUCUCGCUGCACCUUUCAGUCUGAGCAGAUCUUCCUAAGCAUUUGCCCCUUCCUCAUACCUGAAGCAGUCAGGAAAAACAUAGUUCAUGGUUACUUCUCUGUUCCUCACUGGUCCAGUCUUCCAUUAUCGCCAAGUCUGUGACACAGUGGCGAGCUUUCACUUGAAUUUGAUUUUCCAGGGCCAGGACUAGGGCAAGGUGAGCAAGGCACUUAGGUGCCAAAGUUAAGGAAGUGCCCACUCUCAGAGCUGUGCAAGUGCCUUACCCUCAUCCCGGCCCUAUGGUUUGCACUCUGUAAAGUUAUAUCAGUUUAUCUUUUUCCUAUGAACAAGUAUGGCUCUUCUGAUUUGGGAGGGUAACUCCCUCUCUGUUGUUGCACCAAAUGCUUUAUUGCUAUCUAUUUUUCCUUUGCUAGAAACCAUUGUAUGCCUACACAUUAAAGAAUCUUCAAUAUUAUCAGAAAAUAUAUUUGAUCUCUAAGUUACCUGCUCCAAGUGGCAAGUUAGAACCCCCUUCAGGGCUGUCACUGCCAUCUGCUGUCCCCUCUUUCCACUCCAUUCCUCCUAAACUUCACUUCCCAGCACCAAGUCUCCUCAGUGCCUCCUACUCUGUUAUCCUCCUAUCUUAAAAAAAAUGUUCUCAGGAAAGGGAUAAAUUCACUGACUUUGAGAUUAUAAGGCUUAAUGAUACCUCUUUUGAGGAUUGCUUGCAUUUUAACAGGGAAAAAGCCUUAAGCCAAAGGAAUGAAGUCCUAAUUGCAGAAUGUUAGGCAUCACCUAGUUGUAGAAGUGUCUUUUUCACCAUGGAAAGGCCAAAAUUCCCUGACAGCUAACUGCAGAAUAUAGAAAAUAACUAAAACUCUUAGAAUCAUUUUUGUUAAUAGCUGAUGGUCAAUUUCGCUGUCCUGAUACUCAGUGCUAUUCAAUAUGGUUACUACGAAGGGAUUCUCAGAAAUGGCAACGAAAAGCCACUGAGAAGGCCUAGAUCGUCAUAUUGUACAUUAACAUUUUUUACACCAAUGGGACAAUACUACUUACCAUUUGAGUAAAACAACACAAGGAUUUAAAGAGUUUGUGAAAAUAUGUCCUGUUUGUGAAAGGUGAAACUGUCCAAUCCAUGUCAGUUGUUUGGUGUUGGUGGUGAUUAUUAAAUUUAUCAGAGGUACAACUUUACUAAACAUAAGCCUCUGCGUCCCCCUUCCUUUAUCUCUGUUAUGUGCUAUCACUUCAGCUUGGUGUGAGAGUGAGAGCCCUAUCUAUACCAGUGCAUCCAGUUCUUCCAAAGCCUUUGCAUGUACUUCAGCUAUGAAUGAUGAAGAUAUAGGGGAUUUGAAGGGAUGAGCGAGAAAGAGGUGCAAAGAAGUGCCUUUGUUAAAGGGCAGCAAAAAGUAUAAUGAUUUAAGCAAUGAUAUGAAAUAAGAGAAGUUUUAGAAUACUUUGAAAUAGAUUUAUAGAGGUCUGCAGUAGUAAAUGACUAUAGGCCCAUAUUUGGGGUGUUUUAAUAAGUUUAGCAAAAAAAAAAAAAAGAAAUUUGCAUGAGAAUGGGUUAUAUCAGAUAGAUAUAUGCUUUUGUUCAGUAAUGCCCAAAAUCUAGACCAGUGAUUUACAAAGUGUGGUCCCAGGACCAGCAACAGCAGCAUCCUUGGAGAGACAGAGUGUGUGUGUGUGUGUGUGUGUUCCAGUGAUGUCACUCCUGGAUCACCUCAGUCAUGAUUGUCCAACUGAUUUGCACAUUUCCAGUUAUUUCAGCUGUCAUUACAAUGAUCAGUCUCUGGCCAAGACAUGCAUACUGUCCCCUUGGUUAGCCGCAUGUUUGUUUGGUGUUAAAAAAUUAUCAAAUUGAAUCAACUAUGUGCCCAAUCUACAAAACCUUUAAUUUGAGUCAACUAGCAUAUCUGGUCACUUUUGGGUUAAGAAAAAUAAUUUUUAACUCACAGAUGAAAAAGGAGAAGACGUUAGGUUUACUUGGCAUUGCCAACUCUGAAAUACCUGUCUUCACCAUGGUGACUGUUCUCUAGGAGGUAUAUACAGAAGUAUAUUUGAUUUUAAGAUUUUGCCUAAAUAGUGGAAUUUGAUAACAAUAACCUGCAAAACAAAAUCUGAAUCAAAACAACCAGUUAACCCCUCUCAGCCUCUUUGUAAUGUCACGCUUUAUAGAAAUGUAUUCCUUAUGUGGUCUUAAGCUUUUUCAAUGUCCAACUUUAUAAAAUGUUAUGCAUGCAAGCACAGCAUUGUGUUCAUUGUAUGGUCACCUCCAACUCAUUCCUUCCUCCAUAUGUAUAAUGGUAAAGAAAUAUCAAUAUGUAUGUUCUGAA